AUGAUGCCUACCCGAAACCCUAACAAGAAAAUUCGAAUCAAGCGAGAACCAGAAGAAGAGCAAAUCCAUGUCGACCGAUUGAGCAGCCUUCCUGACCAUAUCCUUCACUACAUCCUCUCCUUCUUUGACUCCACCAAACUCUCUGCUCAAACUUCUGUCCUCUCCACCAGGUGGAGGUACCUGUGGACGCACGUUCACCGUCUCAUCCUCGACACCGAUGAGUCCUUCAAUCCUACGAAUUUCGCCAGGAUUGUUAACGAAGUCAUGUACAACCGCUCGGAAGAAUGUAACAUCUGCAGCAUUGACUACAUUCACAUGAACUACAAGCCGGACAAGAAGCUGCUCAACAGGGUCAUGAGAUUCGCCGCGUCUCGCGACUGUCAGCAAUUCUGCCUUUGUGUUCCCCAUGAUGCUGGAUGUCUCGAUUCAAGUAUGUUUGUGCCUCUAGCUAAUAGCAAUCUCAGGACUCUGAUUCUGAGAGAAGCGAGUCUGGGGCUUGAGUUAUUAGGAUCCACUGGGUUCGCGAUGCUGAGAGAUUUGGAUUUGGACGAGUGCUGGCUGUCCUGUCAAAAUAAAUAUGCUGUCCUAGAUCCUUUCGCGAACUUCCCCUGCUUGGAGAAUCUGGUACUGCGUGGCUGCAUAUUGGAGAACUCUUGUCGCUUUAAGAUCUCUGGACCGAGAUUGGUUAAGCUAGAGAUUAGCUUCCUUGAUUGUUCUAAGCUGGAGAUAGAUGCGCCAAAUCUGAAAUUUUUUGGUUUGUGGGAGGAAUUGGAGUACUCCAAGUUGUACCAAUUCAACCUUCCUUCACUUGAGCUUGCUGAUAUCUGGAUGCAAUUUCGCGGUCUUGUUGAAAGGAACAAGGAUGGUAUGAAGGCUUGUGCUACCAGUUUGUUGGGAGGUCUGCACAACGCGAGUUUUUUAUUUAUGAAUUCUGCUUUCUUUGAGAUGCUGGUCAGGAAUUCCGAGUUUCUGGAGAAUCAGUGUUGUCCCUUCACCAGAUUGACGUCUUUGACAGUGGAUGGUUAUGUGCCUGACAUGUUACCUUACCAUGUGAUGAGUUACUUCCUGAGUGGCUCCUCCAACCGUGGACCAACGUAUCUUGAAUUUGUCUAA